AAACAAUACUUACUAGUAAUUAAUUAACAACAAACAAACCCUUUCUUUCUUUCUCUCUUUCGUUCAUCUUCUUGCAAUAAUCCCAACCGUCAGUUGCUUAUUCCAAUUCUACUACUCAAUCAUGGUUGCUACUACUCUGGUCAGCUCUGCCGGUGGCAUGUUGGCGAUGCUUAACGAGUCUCAUCCGUCGCUAAAGCUUCACGCUCUUUCCAACCUCAACAAUUUGGCCGAUAGUUUCUUGGCAGAGAUCUCUACCAGUGUUCUUCUCCUAGAGAGUUUGUAUGAAGAUGAGGAGUCUGAUCCUCACCAAAGGCAACUUGCCGCACUACUUUUAUCAAAGGUCUUCUGUUACUUGGGUGAGCUGAAUGACUCACUAUCCUAUGCCCUUGGAGCUGGUCCUCUGUUCGAUGUUUCAGAGGAUUCCGACUUUGUCCAUACUCUUCUAGCUAAAGCUAUAGAUAAAUAUGCUAGUUUCAAGUCUAAGGCGGCAGCAGAGUCAAAUGAUGAUUCUAAGGUGGACCCUAGACUGGAAGCAAUCGUGGAGAGGCUGUUCGAUAAGUGUAUAGUGGAUGGAAAAUACCAACAAGCUAUGGGAACUGCUAUUGAAUGCAGGAGAUUGGAUAAACUUGAGGAAGCAAUUACAAUGAGUGACAAUAUUCAAGGAACUCUGUCAUACUGCAUUCAUGUAUCUCAUUCCUUUGUGAAUGUUAGAGAAUACAGACAAGAGGUUCUCCGUCUCAUUGUUAAAGUAUUUCAAAAGCUUCCUUCACCAGAUUAUCUGAGCAUUUGUCAGUGUCUUAUGUUCUUGGAUGAGCCAGAGGGUGUUGCGAGCAUAUUGGAAACACUUUUACGUUCUGAAAACAAAGAUGGUGCUCUUUUGGCACUUCAAAUAGCUUUUGAUUUGGUAGAGAAUGAGAAUCAACCUUUUCUUCUAAAUGUUAGAGAUCACCUUUCAUUGCCGAAGUCUCAACCUUCAGAACCCGUAGAGCCAACACCCAGUGAUGCAGAUUCUACUCAGAAUGCUGGCGUGAAUGGACCAGAUGAUGUUCCAAUGACAGAGGGUGAAUCAGCUUCUGCUGUCAAUGUGCCUGAGGAUCCAAGUGAAAAGUUGUAUGCUGACAGGUUAAACAAAAUAAAGGGAAUUUUGUCUGGGGAAACUUCUAUACAGCUGAAUCUGCAGUUCCUUUACAGUCAUAACAAAUCUGACCCCCUUAUUCUAAAGACCAUAAAGCAGUCCGUGGAGAUGAGAAAUAGUGUUUGCCACAGUGCUACCAUUUACGCCAAUGCAAUAAUGCAUGCUGGAACAACUGUGGAUACUUUCCUGAGGGAAAAUUUGGAAUGGGUGAGCAGAGCUACUGAUUGGGCCAAAUUCAGUGCAACAGCUGGUCUUGGUGUUAUCCAUAGAGGUCAUUUGCAGCAGGGAAGGUCACUGAUGGCACCCUACUUGCCUCAGGGCGGGACUGGUGGUGGUGUUAGUCCAUACUCAGAAGGUGGUGCUCUCUAUGCCCUUGGUCUGAUUCAUGCCAACCAUGGAGAGGGCAUCAAACAAUUCCUCCGUGAUAGCUUACACAGUACUACUGUUGAGGUCAUUCAACAUGGUGCCUGUCUAGGUCUCGGAUUGGCAUCCCUAGGAACUGCUGAUGAGGAUAUUUAUGAAGAAAUAAAAAAUGUUCUCUACACUGAUAGUGCUGUUGCUGGUGAAGCUGCGGGUAUCAGUAUGGGCUUACUCAUGGUUGGAACAGGCAGUGAUAAGGCAAAUGAAAUGCUCACUUAUGCACACGAGACACAACAUGAAAAGAUUAUAAGAGGGUUAGCACUGGGAAUUGCUCUUACGGUUUACGGAAGAGAAGAAGAAGCUGACACUUUAAUUGAGCAGAUGACUAGUGAUCAGGAUCCAAUAUUACGUUAUGGUGGCAUGUAUGCCCUGGCUUUGGCAUAUAGGGGAACAGCAAACAAUAAGGCCAUUCGUCAAUUACUUCACUUUGCUGUGUCUGAUGUGAGUGAUGAUGUUAGGAGGACUGCCGUCCUAGCAUUAGGUUUUGUGUUGUACUCUGAUCCAGAGCAGACUCCACGAAUUGUUUCCCUCCUAUCAGAAUCUUACAAUCCACAUGUUCGUUAUGGAGCGGCUCUUGCUGUGGGUAUUUCCUGUGCGGGUACUGGUCUCAGUGAGGCCAUAUCUUUGCUGGAGCCUUUAACAUCGGAUGUCGUUGAUUUUGUUCGUCAGGGUGCCCUCAUAGCAAUGGCUAUGGUCAUGGUUCAGAUUAGUGAAGCUAGUGAUCCGCGUGUUGGAACAUUCAGGCGACAACUGGAGAAAAUUAUCCUAGACAAGCACGAGGAUACCAUGAGUAAGAUGGGGGCUAUUUUGGCCUCUGGAAUCCUUGAUGCUGGCGGAAGAAACGUGACUAUAAGACUACUUUCUAAGACAAAGCAUGAUAAAAUUACUGCAGUGGUUGGUCUUGCAGUUUUCAGCCAGUUUUGGUAUUGGUACCCUCUCAUCUAUUUCAUGAGCUUGGCUUUCUCACCACAUGCAAAACCUUCACUUUUUGAAUGCCCUGAGCCUACGACUGUUCCCACCACUGCCUCAACUGAGAAACUUCCAACAGCUGUUUUGUCGACAUCAGCUAAGGCCAAAGCUAGGGCUAGUAAAAAAUGAGGGAUUUAUUAGUUACAAAAUAUCCUAAAAGAGAUUUUUCUAUUGUGAAUUUUUUUAGCUAAUUGUUAUAUUAUAGUUUUAUCAAAUGGGUAGGUGUGUAAUGGAGAUUGUCUUAUUUAUCAAACUUUUUUUAUAUUAGAGAAAAAAGUAAUUAUUUUUUUAGUGUUACUGAUGUUA